AGCGGGCUGCCUUGGAGCCAACAACGCGGCCCACGAAGCUCGUCGGCAGUUGGUGAUGUACGAGGGAGGUAUGUACUGUGAAGAUAAACCUCGAGUUUAGGGCGAAACCUCAAUGGCUUAGAAUGGGAUUCCCCGUGGCUCGGCAUGUGGAUCAUAAGUGUAACCGCGGGGGAGAUGGCUCGCGGGGCUCUGCUCCAUUCCACAUAGGAUAGAUAGGUUACCUCAAUGUUCAACUCUUGUUGGCCGUCGUCUCACGACGCAUUAGUUGUGAUUACUAUUUUUUUUCGCCAACUUCUCUUAAUUCUACCAAUUCUUUUUAAGUUGCAAUUUCGAUGUUGUCUUUGGGACGCCCAGUCCCCAAUCUUCUUGGUUUGGGUGAUUGAGUCAAUUUGGAGAUCGCCCGGUGCUGGCUCGGUGGCCUCGGAAAGUCCAUGGCUGGUCAACAAUUUCCUGGUUGAUGGCUGUCUCAUUCUUGACGUAUCUCGCGAACUGCCGGCUAUCGAUUCUCACGUCCAUGCUGCGGCUAAGCUGGCCAGUGGCUGCGAACGAGCAAUAGCAAGAUUGAGGGAUGCUUAGCUCGAGGUCGGCAGUUGGGUUUCCUUAUGGUUUGGGGAAGUGCCGAGUUAGGAUGGGCCCUUAGUCAUCCAUAGACAUCGUUAGAGGGAGGCGACAACUACGGAGCAGGGAAC